GUGUGGCAGCGCAGGGGCCGGCGGCGCAGGGACCCGGAGCUCGCGUACCCUGUGUCGCGAGCGCGCGAGAGAACGCGGGUCCCGGGAGCCCCGUCUCGGUGUCGUCUUCAGUGCGCUUGCCCGGCGUGAGUGGCCCCGAGCCGGACAUGGAGCCGCAGCAGAGGUCACCAUUGUUGGAAGUGAAGGGCAACAUAGAGCUGAAGAGACCCCUGGCCAAGGCCGCUUCCCGGCUGCCUCUCUCGGGACGCAGGCUGAAGAGGGGGCCCGACCAGAUGGAGGAGGCGUUGGAGCCGGAGAAGAAAAGAACACGAGGCCUGGGCACCAGAGUGACCACGACCCACCCCAGAGCAGCAGCCCUCAGCUCUGUGCCACAGACACAAGGCCAGACCGCAGCAGUGCCCAGAGCUCCCAGGAAGUCAGCACCCCGAUGUUCCAUGGCUGUUGCCCCAGUGCUGAAGACUCAGAAGCCAGGUCCUGUUGUUCCUGCCCAGAAGCCUGGAACGACAGCUGCGCCUCCCAUGGUGGGAGGGAAGAAACCCAAACGUCCGGCCUGGGACUUAAAGGGGCAGUUAUGUGACCUCAACGCAGAGCUGAAAUGCUACCGUGAGAGGAAGCAGGUGCUGGACCAGGAGAACCAACAGCUGCAGGACCAGCUCCGGGAGGCCCAGCAACAGGCCUCGGCCCUGGGGGCAGAGCGCAGGACCCUGGAAGAGGAGUUGACCAGGGUGCGGGCCCAGGCUGAGCAGGGCCAGCGGGAGCUGGGGAACCUGAGUGCCCGCGUCCUGGAGCUGGAAGAGCGGCUGGGCACGCAGGAGGGCUUAGUGCAAGAGCUCCAGCAAGAACAGCUGAGAUUACAGGAGGAGCGCAGGGGACUGGCUGCCCAGCUGGGCGAGCAGGAGAGGAGGCUGCAGACCUCAGAAGCUUCUCUGUCGGACAGCCAGGCGGAGGUGGCAUCUCUGCGCCAGGAGGCUGCAGCCCGGGAGGCCGUACUGGCUGAGCGGGAAGACCGUCUCCACGGGCUCGAGAUGGAGCGCCGGCGGUUACACAACCAGCUGCAGGAACUCAAAGGCAACAUCCGAGUGUUCUGCCGGGUCCGCCCCGUCCUUCCAGGGGAGUCCACCCCAUCCCCUGGCUUCCUUCAGUUUCCCUCUGGCCCCUGUGGACCCUCUGACCCUCCAACCCGCCUCAGCCUCUCCCGGUCUGAUGAGCGGCGUGGGACCCUGAGUGGGGCGCCAGCUGCCCCUACCCGCCAUGACUUUUCCUUUGACCGGGUGUUCCCACCGGGGAGUGGACAGGAUGAAGUGUUUGAGGAGAUUUCCAUGCUUGUCCAGUCAGCGCUGGAUGGCUAUCCAGUGUGCAUCUUUGCUUAUGGCCAGACAGGCAGUGGCAAGACCUUCACCAUGGAGGGCGGGCCUGGGGGAGACCCCCGGCUGGAGGGACUGAUCCCUCGGGCCCUGCGGCACCUCUUCUCUGUGGCCCAGGAGCUCCGUGGCCAGGGCUGGACCUACAGCUUUGUGGCAAGUUACGUAGAGAUCUACAACGAGACUGUCCGAGACCUGCUGGCCACUGGGGCCCGGAAGGGCCAGGGGGGUGAGUGUGAGAUUCGCCGGGCAGGGCCAGGCAGCGAGGAGCUUACGGUCACCAACGCGCGCUACGUUCCGGUCUCUUGUGAGAGGGAGGUGGAGGCCCUGCUCCAUCUAGCCCGCCAGAACCGCGCUGUGGCCCGCACAGCCCAGAAUGAGCGCUCGUCGCGUAGUCACAGCGUGUUCCAGCUGCAGAUCUCUGGGGAGCACGCUGGCCGAGGCCUGCAGUGUGCGGCCCCCCUCAGCCUGGUGGACUUGGCUGGGAGUGAGCGGCUCGACCCCGGCUUAGCGCUCGGCCCUGGGGAGCGGGAACGCCUUCGGGAAACGCAGGCCAUUAACAGCAGCCUGUCCACGUUGGGGCUGGUCAUCAUGGCCUUGAGCAACAAGGAGUCCCACGUGCCUUACCGGAACAGCAAGCUCACCUACCUGCUGCAGAACUCUCUGGGCGGCAGUGCCAAGAUGCUCAUGUUUGUGAACAUUUCUCCCCUAGAAGAGAACGUCUCUGAGUCCCUCAACUCCCUACGCUUCGCCUCCAAGGUGAACCAGUGUGUCAUUGGCACUGCCCAGGCCAACAAGAAAUGAAGAUGGAUCUAGAUUGUGUGUGUGUGUAUGUGUGAGACACACGGUGGGGGUGGGGUGGGGUGGUGGUGCUUUAUUGGGAGGGGGCGCUGAUACCUGGGCCUAUCAAAUAAAGAAGAGAAUUUUUGUUGUUUUUAAA